UUUCUUAGUGAUUAUAGUUGUCAUGCAAAAUAUAUAAACUCGCAACAUAUUCUGUGUGUGUGUGAUUAGCGAUGGGUUGGACUAGAGCAUGACGUAAUGUGAAAAUCUCCAGCUCGAGCUCACACAUCUCCACACAUUCAGUGUGGUGUGGAGCGCGUGCGUGGAGAGCUGCGUGUGCCUCCCCGGAGCGCGCGCAGCGAAACUGUUCUGGGAUUCUUUUCGCGCGGCAGUUUGUCCGAAUCGACACAGUUUGGGAUUUUAGGAGUAGCUAUUUGCGAGCAGGAUGGACAGCUCUUACCAUUCAAGCAUGAGAAGAUCGCGUCACAAGAGCGCACUGACAGCUCAAGUGUUUCAGUGCCUCGGUGACACAACCUAACGCGUGAAGUCUGAAGCGCUUACCUGGCAGUCAGAAAGAUGGAAUCAGAAUGGAUGUAACUCAGUCCAAUGCAACGAAGGAUGAUGCCAACAUCACCGUCACCCCGUGGCCGUACACGGAGACGGCCGCUGCGUUCAUCAUCCUGGUGGUUUCCGUCAUCAUUCUGGUCACCAUCGUUGGGAACGUUCUGGUCAUCGUGGCGGUGCUGACCAGCCGCGCUCUCCGCGCGCCACAGAACCUCUUCCUCGUGUCGCUCGCGUGCGCGGACAUCCUCGUGGCCACGCUAGUGAUCCCGUUCUCCCUCGCCAACGAGAUCAUGGGAUACUGGCUCUUUGGCAGCACCUGGUGCGCGUUUUACCUGGCUUUGGAUGUUCUGUUCUGCACGUCGUCCAUCGUGCAUCUGUGCGCCAUCAGUUUGGAUAGGUACUGGUCCGUCACCAAAGCAGUGAGCUACAACUUGAAGCGAACCCCGAAGCGCAUCAAGUCUAUGAUCGCGGUGGUGUGGGUCAUCUCAGCCGUCAUCUCAUUCCCACCUCUCAUCAUGACCAAGCACGACGAGAAGGAGUGUUUGAUAAACGACGAGACCUGGUACAUCCUCUCCUCGUGCCUGGUGUCGUUUUUCGCGCCGGGGUUCAUCAUGAUCACGGUGUACUGCAAAAUCUACCGCGUCGCCAAACAGCGUUCGUCCACUGUGUUCGUGGCCAAGAACGGGCUGGAGAGGCAGCCCUCCCAGUCCGAGACGUGCUUUGUGAGGAAGGAUAAGUUUGAGAAGGAGUCCCCGAGCAGCAACAGCUCGGAAAGCAACCAGAGACAGGAAGAGCUGGAUGAUAUCGACCUGGAGGAGAGCGCGACGUCCGACAACAAACCCAAGAGCUCGCGCUUCUCCAACCGCAGGCGGGUGGACGGCGCGCGCUGCUGCCCUCAGAGGACCUGCCGGAUCUCCUGGGUUUCCAGUCAGGAGCAGAGCAGCAAACAGCUCGCGGUGGCAUCGAAAACCAAAGUGGCUCAGAUGCGGGAGAAACGCUUCACCUUCGUUCUGGCUGUGGUCAUGGGGGUGUUUGUCCUCUGCUGGUUCCCUUUUUUCUUCACUUACAGUCUCCAUGCCAUCUGCGGGGACAGCUGCGAGCCGCCCGAGGCGCUUUUCAAGCUCUUCUUUUGGAUUGGUUACUGCAACAGCUCAGUGAAUCCCAUCAUUUACACGAUUUUCAACAGGGACUUCAGAAAGGCUUUUAAGAAAAUCGUUUGCUUGACUGCGCAGCGCACCUGAGAGACUCGUGUUUGGGCACGCUAGGCGCGAUUAAAUGCAUUUUUGAAUGUCAUCAGAAAUCAAACCAAGAGGAAACUGCAAACUAAUUAUGACCUGAUUCUAACUUGCUUCUUCAACCAUUGGGACUCGAAUUAUACAAAUUUAUUUUUGCUACUUUUCAAAUGCCUUUUAAUGUAUACAAAAUAUAGAUAUGUAAUAUGUUUACAUAAUACUUAAUAAAAAAAGAAUAAAGCAACAAACCGUGCAUUCUUAAAACUAUAAUGAGCUAACAAAUAUUAUUAUUUAACUUUAUGGUCAAUUUGCACAAACUAUCAGUGAGACAUAUUUAUUCAAAAUGUACAAAAAAUGAAAAAAAGUCACCAUAAAAUGCUAUAUAAAUUUGACAGAAUUCUAAUGUGAUGCAUUUGUUGUUAAUGGAAAUGUUAAAAAAGUGAGUUUAUUAUCUAAAAAGGCCACAUGGCCAAACGUGUUUAGUUGAAGAAACACUCUUCUUUAAUCAACUGCACUGAAAAUAAUUGAUAGGAUUUACUUUAAAACAAUUUUCGUUCAGAAAUGGGCAAGUAACAAAUUGACAUAAAUGUGAAAUUUUCAAGACUUACUAGUAUUUUCUUGUAAAACAUACUUCAAUAAUCAUUAUUUUAUGAACUUCUUUACACUAUGAUAAUUGGUGUUUUUAAAUGAAGAAAGUCAGAUAUACAUU